ACGGCGAUGCAGCUGCCGGGAAGCAGCAGCGCGAUGAUGACUGUGAAGCCUCUACCGCACGGGCCAGGGGUCCGGGCUUAGUCUGCACCCAGGGAACCGGGCCCCCCGCGUACCCCAGGACGGUAAACGACUGCGCCUCCUGGGCCGUCCUGGGCGGUAAGCGUGAAACCUCUCCGGGAGCCUUUCCCUAGCCAUGGACAACCCCAGUCUUCGAGAGCUCCAACAGCCUCUGCUGGCGGGUGUGGGCUGUGGGCCCCCCCUCCAGAAACCUGGUGAACCCCAGCUGGGGCCUCCCUUUCGGGAGACGGCUUUUGCAGAGUCCCUGAGGGGCUGGCAGUUCUUGCCCCCACCUGUUCCUUCUGUGAGCGCUGGUCUUGGGGAGCUAGGGCCCCCUGACCUUGAGGAUGCAUCAUCCAGCGACAGUGAUUCGGACUGCGAUGGGGGCAGCCUUCUCUCCCCGCUCCUACCCCACGACCACCUCGGCUUGGCUGUCUUCUCCAUGCUCUGCUGUUUCUGGCCUGUGGGCAUCGCUGCCUUCUGCCUGGCCCAGAAGACCAACAAGGCUUGGGCCAAGGGGGACGUCCAGGGCGCAGGGGCCGCCUCCCGCCGCGCCUUCCUGCUGGGGGUCCUCGCCGUCGGGCUGGGCGUGUGCACCUAUGCGGCCGCCCUGGUGACCCUGGCCGCCUACCUGGCCUCCCGAGAGCCGCCCUAGCUGCCCCUGCGCCCCCGCUGCGAAUCAGGGCCCGGGAGCCGGGGCGUCGGCGGGCGACGUGGAGCAGCCCGGGGGAGGCGGCCGCAAGCCCCCCCUUCCCGGCCGCGGCGUGAG